AUGAAUGAAAAUCAUCGUGCCGAUAUUUUGUCGUUGAAUUUGAAAGAUAUAAAAAAAUCAUUGCCGUCUGCGUUGCAAACCAAAUUAAUUGUGUCGAAAGAAAACCAAGAUAAUGAACCGUUACCUCAAAAUAUCAUCAAGCCAUGGAUGCUAUCGAUAUCCAGCCAAACAUGUGUCAGCCGAAACAAAGUCGGCCAAGAACUUUUACAGCACUGUCGCCACGGAUUCGUUUUGGAUGAUCCGUAUAUUCGAGAGACUCGAUUCUAUGUCGAUUAUCAUCGCAUGCACGAUCCAGGGUUGAAAAGCUACUAUACCUCGAUUCCAGUGAGGAAUCGCGUAAAGAAGCUCGAAUUGGUUACCGGAGAAAACGAUGCCCUUUGCACGAACAAAGAGUUCAUGGAUUACAUACGAUAUCUUGACACCAAUAUCAACCACAAUCUGACUCAAGUGAAGCAACUCAAACGCAAACGAAGACUAUUAGAACAUUUUCACAUGUUACAAAGUGUCAAGGAACAUGAGUCUGGAUUCACUGGCAUUUUCCGAAAGAAAAAAUACACUUUUGAAAAUGUCUCAAAAGCACACUUAGACCAAAAAAGACAAUUUAAACUUGGUAAGCUGGUGAAAAAGGGAAUGAAGGCCGUUGAAAGACAUACACAGCUGAUGGAAAAAAAAUCAAUGCAAUUCAGAGAAAGACAUCAAGCAAAAUUAGAAAAAUUGAGACCAAGAAAACAGAUAAUCAUUCAGAACGAAAUGAACAAAAGGAUCGAAUUGUUGAAAAUCAUAAAUGGGAAAUUAUAUCUGGCCAAGAACCGCAGAGACUGUAUGACGAUGGAAAAAGGAGUGAAGAAAAUGAAUGAACGAAUUGAUCAUUGCAGGAGACAUGCAUCGUUUAGAAACGAAAUUCUGCAAAAAAAUAUCGAAAUAUUUAAAAUGUACGAAGAGGAACAGCGCAAAAAUAUUGAAGAGCGCAAAAAGCGUAUCAACGAGCUUCGUGAGUACAAUGAAAGUAAAAUCAUACGAUUGCGAGGAGAGAUUGCCAAGAAGGAGCGAAAUGCUGAUGUGGUGGAAAAGUUUAUGAAGAACAUAGAGCUCUUGAAAGUAAAGUACAUGGAAUCAUUUGACCCAGCCGAUUCAAAGGAGGUAUAUCGACGGUUUGCGUUGCUUAAACAGCCUUUCAUUACGGAAUGUGUUGAGAUUGCAAGCUCUACACUUCAACACUUGAACCUUCCUGUGUCAGCAGCGGUGUUGGCAGCGCGAACGAGGAGAAUUAUGGAACUUCGCAGCAUAAUUAUACCUGAAAUUGGCGCAUCAAAGUGUGUUUUUGUACAAGGACGAGUUGCUGAAUUGAUUUCACUCACUAUCAAACACAUUAAGAAUGAACGCUUAAAAACCAUCAAAGACUGCUGGAACAAACGCAAACUAAGAGAAGCCGAGACAGAAGCUGAAGCCAGCGAUCAUAAAUCUAAAAAUGCUUCCCCCAAAAAAAGAAUAACCGUUUCAGUAAAUGAAUCAAGUAAAAUAAUCGGUGAAUCAGCGUAUAGUGAAUUUAUUGGAGAUUUAGCACAAAUUUCUGCUAGUGGACUCACUGCCUUUUACAAUUUGAAUGUAGUCGUCAAACGGGAACUGAAGGAAUUUUUUGAAUUUAUAUGCCAAGAAAAAUUUGAGUUCUCAACGAAAUUGGACGAUCGUGAUUUUAUGCACGUGUAUAAUUUUCAAAAGUACUUAAUUUACAAGUCGAUACGACGCUUGAUGGAAUAUGUCAAAAUUAAGCAAAAUCAUUUUUGGACACGAGCACGAAAUAUUCACACAUGGCGAUUACUAGAUCUUAACCUAGCCGACAUUUCCCUUGAAGCAGCUGCCCUGGUCAUGGAUUUCCCAAACAAAAUCGACGAAUUUUGCGAAUGCAUCAAGAAAAUCAGUAAAUUCAUUUGUGUUCAAAUGAGCGACACGCUUGAGAAAGAGAAUAUUGAAGACUCGGAUUCCAUGAAUGAAAGAUACUCGUUUUUCAGCGAAAUAGAAACGGUAUUCUGA